GUUCACAUGGUAGUGAGGUUUUCACUCAGUCCACAGGUUAGUGAUUGUUUAUAUAAACAAUUGGAGCAUGAAUAACACAUCUAUGGAGUGCAGUCAAAUUUAUUAGUUGUAUUCACUGAGGAGAAGUGUACUUUUCACACACAACCGAGGAAAGAGGCCUAAGGUGGGUGUGGAAAAGCUGAGGACUUGCCUAUAAAGCAGCGUUGCUCUGUCCUUGUAGGCAACUUCUUCGUUUUUCUACAAAGCUCAAAGAGUCGACCGGCAACACGAUGCUGACUGUUAUCCAGCUGAUUUUUAUAGUCUUUCUGACAAACUCAAACCAUGCUGAGAAACUUUUCCAUAACCGGGAUCAUUCUGACGUGCAAAUUCCUAAAUCUCACCAAGCUCCUGUCAUAACAGACGAAUAUGAGGCAAAGUUAUUUCUCUCUAGAUAUGGAUUUAUCAAACCUGCCAACUGGGAGGAGAUCCAGAUGAAAGAGUCUGACAUUUCCUUCAGCAAUGACUUCUUGGAUGACAUUCAAGCCACAAUCCAAGAAGGAACCUCAGUGCUUCAUUCAAGGGACAGACCUAAAACUGGUCAUGGAGAGGUUCACAAAAGCGAAACUGACAAUCAAGCCUUUGUUUCCGCUCUUAAAGAGUUUCAGACGAUAUCUGGGCUGCCUGUUACAGGAGCGUUUGAUGAUGCCACCAAGGAGGCGAUGAACAAACCAAGGUGUGGGGUCCCUGACAAGGAGACAGACCCAAACCCCAGCAUAGCACCUGAGAGCAUUGGUGACCUAGAGUUAGAAAACAGCUGGGAUGAAGGUUUUAAUGAGACUGACAGCAACAACACAGACAGCGGCAUAAUCGGCAGCUCUUCAAACUCUUCUGAAGAUCUCACAUUCGAUUUUAACGAUACAGAAAGCGUUCUCCUGAGUAGUUCAAACGAUUCAAGCAAUAAUAACAGUGUGGGUAGCCCGACGGGAAACAGCAGCUGGAACUCAAGCCAGAGCCAACUGGCGAGACGCAGAAAGCGUCACCUUGCCGUUCUCAUGUCCAAAAGAAGACAAAAAAGGGAUUUGACAGCAGCGGGUUACAUGGCUUUUUCCAAGGAUGUUCUGCGAUGGCGGUUAAUCGGUGAAGGCUACAGCAGCCAGCUGACCAUUGAGGAGCAGAGGUACAUCUUCAGGCUGGCCUUCAGGAUGUGGAGUGAGGUGUCUCCGCUUGAAUUUGUUGAAGACACCUGGUCGCCAUUGGAGGAUGUUGAUAUCAAGCUGGGCUUCGGUACAGGAAGACACCUGGGAUGCAAUCAAAAGUUUGACGGCACUGGUCAGGAGUUCGCUCACGCCUGGUUCCUGGGAGAUAUCCAUUUUGAUGAUGAUGAACAUUUCACUGGUCCCAGUUCCCACUCUGGAAUCAGCCUCCUUAAAGUAGCAGUUCAUGAGAUUGGCCAUGUUUUGGGGCUACCUCAUAUCUACAGACCAGGAUCCAUAAUGCAGCCCAGCUAUCUGCCCCAUGAAUCCAGCUUUGAGAUGGACUGGAUGGACAGGAAGGCUAUUCAGAAUCUAUAUGGUGGCUGUAAAGGUCAGUUCAGCACCGUGUUUGACUGGAUCAGAAAAGAGAGGACGCCUGCCGGUGAGGUAGUAAUCCGCUUCAACACGUACUUCAUGAGGGACGGCUGGUACUGGCUGUACGAGAACCGAAACAACAGAACGCGUUACGGGGACCCAGUGGCCCUGCAGAUCGGCUGGCACGGGAUCCCUAGCGAUGGAGUAGACGCUUACGUACACGUUUGGUCCAGAAAAAGAGAUGCCGUUUAUUUCUUCAAAGGUUUGCAGUUCUGGAGAUACGACAAUGAGAACGACCAGGUCUUCAAACAGGACUCUGACGGUCGCCAGUAUCCGAAGCUAAUUUCUGAGGGUUUCCCAGGGGUUCCCGGUCCUGUUGACACAGCCUUUUAUGACAGGAGAGAUUCCCACAUCUACUUCUUCAGAAGAACACAAGUGUAUGCGUUCAGCGUGGAAACAAACAGCUUGGCGAGAGGCUUCCCCAAACACAUCCGAGAUGUUUUCCCACCAGUGGAGAGCGGAGACCAUCCAGAUGGCGGCAUCGACGCCGCCUACUUCUCCUACUCCCACAGCGCCCUCUUUCUGCUCAAGGGCACGCGCUUCUGGCGAGUGGUGGGCAGCCGCGAACGCUGGCGCCGGCCCUUUCUGCCGCGAAAUGGCCUGAUGCCACACAAGGAGGUGGAUCAGCAGUGGUUCGACAUCUGCGACGUUCAUCCCACCGCGCUCAAACUGAGCCGCUGACGGGGGGGGGGGGCCUGCAGCAGAGAUGAAAUGCAUCCACUCAUGUUUACGGAUAUAUUCUGCUGUUUUAACUUCAGGGAUGUUUUUUUUUUUUUUUAUGUAUGUGUGUGUGUGAUGAUGAUGGCUGUGUAAUCUUUUUUUUAAAAGACAAAAACAACUCUGUUGGCUUGUUUUCACACAAGUGGGCUGAAAAUGUAUGAAACAGCUGCUGUUUGUUUCUCUUGUACUCAUCAGAGAUGUUUGUUCAUGUUUGCACAGAUAGGUUUACAAAAGACGCGUUUGAUUCCGAAAUUUGAGCGUGGUCGGUUGUGAACAAACGUGUAGAUUUAUUUAUUUAUUCUUCUCUUGGAUUUUACUUUACAGUGAUUUGCCCCGCCGCCAUUUGAUCAAAGCGGCUGCGGCCAUCAAUAGUGAUGAGCCUGAUUUCCAAGAGAAAUGAAAGAUUAAACAUUUCUUUAUUACAUAAA